CGCCGCCCGCCCGCCGGGUGAGACAUUGAAACAACUUGCCCCACGUCGAAUUAUCCUGCAUCAUCCAUAGUGAAGUCUAGUCUAGUGGGAUUCUUUCUCUCUUUCUGCCUUCCAGACUCAAGGAAAGAAAGAAAGAAAGAUACAAGACACUGUCGCUGCGAACCCUUCCAGCUUUAUUUGAUCUCACAUUCUUGCCGGGACGAUCCAUGCACUGCAGAAAAUGUUCCUGGCGCUAUUCCUCGCAUCCUAGACGCUACCGUACUCGGAUGCACCCAAGGUGCUCCUGGCGCAUUCCUCAUCUCCCCUUCCCCUCUCUUCGCCAUUAUGGCUCCCUCUACUGUCUUUUCCUACUGGCGUCGCGAUCACCGCCGAUCGAGCGCCUCCCCCGUUCCGUCUGUUGUGCAGCCCACGGCCAAAGGCUCGGUUUCCAACACACCUCCCCAACUGCCCGUCAUUCCUAACAACACCACCACUCUUCCCGCCUUCGCCGACCCCUCAGCAGCCGCGCCAGGAUCGAGCCCACCACAAGCAAUCGAUCCGGCGCCGGAUUCGAAAAGAGCAGUGACCGUAUCGGCGAGCCCGAUUAAUGCGCCCGCCCCUUCCUCCGCCAACUUCGCAGUAUCCUCCGCGGCGGUCGAGAACCACGCUCAACGCGACUCCAGGUCCGAAGAACGCGAUCGAGAUCCAGCUCUCACCUCCCUGUCGAACCACUCGCAGCCAUCCUCUGCAGCGUCGCGCCCGCACCAUGGUGACGGCGAAAUUCCGCGAACGAGCUCCCCGUUUCGGCUUUCCAUAGGCAAAAAUCUCCUUUCAUCCAGUCACCAACCUUCCGAUCCCCAACCCAAACGAUAUUCUACUUCCAGUAUGCCGUCAUCGAGUCACCCGUUCAGGUUCAAGACCUCCCCCGAUGGACUACCCGCCGACAAGGUCGCGACAUCACAGCGAGAUUACAAAAGUGAUGGCGGCAGCCAUCGCCGCCAGGGAGACAGGGAAACUAUGGCGGGGGAACAUGGUCACCACAAGUCGGGCAAAACCAGGCUCCAUCUACUGAACCCCAUGUCCCUGCUCGCCCGACGGCGCUCGCACCAAGUCACCAGCCUACGCACAGUGGAUGCCACGAAUUCAGCCCGCAACCUGGUUCCGGCCAUCCCAGAUGAUUACGACCCUAGAAUCCGUGGGAACAUCGUGCACGAUUUCUCUGCGCCGCGUGCGCGGCGGAAUCUCUCUACCCCGCCGGUUCUGCUACAGGACGGGUACCAGCAUUUGAACGAGUCUAUCGCACCGUGUGCGGACCAGGCGCUCCACUCUCAACACAAUGAGCAAGGAAAGCGGCAAACACAGUAUUCGCCUGUGUUCAAGGAACACUUCGAGGACAAUCAGAAGGUGUUGCAGGUCGAGAACAAGGCCUAUCUGCAGUCCUCCUUGUUAACGGAUCCUUCGCUUGCGGGAAGUGCUUCCAGCGCGCUUCCCGUGUUUGCGCGGAAGCUGCCCUCAACGAUACCGGAGGAGGAUGGGCCUGCGCAAACAUCGAAUGAACCGGUCGAAGGCGGCGAAGAUACACCAGACAAAUCAUCAACUCACCCGGAGCCUGCCGACGUACACGACGAGGACACCAUUGAGAUGAUGCCGCAUCAGUCACUGGGUUUACCCAAGCAUCUCAAGAGUAAUGCUUCGCGGUUCAGUUUCGAUAUGAAUGGCGUAGAGUCGUCGGCGCAGGAGAAGCUUCUGGAAGAAAAACACAAAGUAAAGGAGGCAGCGAGGAGGGCCAAGGCUCAGUUGGAGGAUCCGGGCUUCAGCGAUGGCGAAGACUUCGAUGCUGACAUCCUCGAUGAUAUGUACGACUUCGAAGAAAAGAUUCCUGGUGUCAAUGUCGAUGCAGACGAUGAAGACGACGAGUUCCGAGGCUUCUCGGGCACAGGCCAGGUCCUCAACAAGUCUUGGCUGGCUCCCGACCUGUCUCCUGUUGUUGCCAGCCCGCUGACACCCAGGAUUCCGGAGUAUGACGGCGCCGGGGAUUCUACUGCUGCUCCUGUGCCGGAAGUAACCCGAAGUUCCUCGAACGAGGAACCGAGAGUUGUUGUUCCCGAGCAGGGUCUCAGCAUUCAAUCUCUGCCUACGGCGACUGAAUCGUCUGUCGAGACCCCACAGUUGGUACAGAGUGCGCAUCCUGUGGCUCCACAGCCGAUCGAUGACGAUGAUGAUCUGUACUUCGAUGACGGGGAGUUUGGUGACCUGACCACUGGGGGCGAGAAAUUCGAUGAGUCGGUGUUUGACGAUGAAACUAGUCACUUAUAUGAGCGGAAGCCAGUUGCUCCACAGCCCAGUCAGGGGGGCGUUCAGGGUACUCACUUGUAUGAGCAGAAGCCGGUCGCUCCGCAGCCGGUUCCAGAAGAUGAUGAUUUAUACUUCGACGACGGGGAGUUCGGUGACCUAACCACUCAGGGCGAGACGUUUGAUGAGUCUAUCUUUGACGACGAAACAAGUCAUUUGUAUGAGCGGAAGCUGGUAGCUCCACGGUCGGUUUCCGAUCCCUCAAUAAAGGUGGACGAUAAUGAGGCCUCUUCGAGUCUCGCGGUGCAUGAGGAGACACAGGCGGAGGCCAAUGGCGGUCUCAGACAUGCCCCCAGCAUAGCAAGCGAGUAUCAAGCAGGCUCGUCUAGAAUGUACAGUCAUACCCUUGGGGCUCUCACGGACCUUGCGCCCUCAAAGUCCCAUGGUGGAGUGUUGUCCGAGUACAAUCUCGGGGCCUUCCACGACGCUUUGGCCAAGGUAGCCAACGACACAUCCCUGCAUGAGAGAUUCGGGCGCUCAGUGAGCAUUAGCGAGCGUUCCGUGGGCCAGACAAGCACGGCGCAAACGAUGGACACGCCUUCCGGCCUGGUAUCGGACGACAGUCAUUUGAGCCAGGCUAUUGACGGGAUGGGCUUCGACGAGGUGUUAGACGAUUUUGACUAUGACGACAAUGACGCCUUUUUGUAUGACGACCCGAUCAUUGCCGCUGCCAAUGCUGAGGCGCUCGAAAAUGACGAUGACGGUUUCUACGGUCAAGAGUUUGGGUUUUACGCGCAAUCCCUCGGGGCCUGCAGCACGGAGCUCACCAGCGGCGGCUACUUUGGUCCCCGUGGCGCCGAAGGUAUCUCACGCAGCUUCAGCAGUCGAGGCAAGUUUCGAGAACCCAGUCUCACGCCGAUCACUGAGCGGAGCGAGUGGAGUACCCGCAACUCGGUCAUUUCGCUGACAGCUCACGGUGCCGCGCACUCGAACCCAGCGCUGCCGAGUCCCGGCUUGGCUCAGUUGGUUGAUCUGGCUGGCAGCAUGGAUGAUGAGAUGUCGCUGAGCGCCUUGAUGCGACUCCGACGGGGCGCCUGGGGUGGGAGCAAUGGAAGCCUCCGCAGUAGCAGCGGCAGUCCACCGCCCUAUCUCCAUUCGUCGUCGAACCGGGCGAGUUUCGUCUCCGAUGCGAGUCCCACGGUAUAUACGGCUCCUCCCGAUAUGUUCGGUACCUCCGGGGUUGCCGAGUCUCCUAUUGAGAGAUCAGAGAAGCUUCGGUGGUCCCAGGCCUCCACCGAACAGCGUGUGGAACCUUGUAUGGUUGGUGAGGAGAAUUCUUCCUCUGUAUGAUUGUGCAAGAAUGUCCCUCGCGGACGGUGCUGCAGAGAGUGAACUACAGGUGAGCCCAUAAUGGUAUAUAGCUCAUGUUGGUCAAAUCUCAUAGGAUGUCUGUGAUUUUUGUCAUACUUUACGAUGUCAUGCCCAAUAUAUAAUACUUUUCUUGCCGUGAAGAGGCAGCAGCGACCUGUACUUGUUAUUAAUGAGAUGAUGAAGAUUUGCCAGUACCCAUGAUCAAUCAAGCGCGCGGGGGAGAGGUCGUCUGACACGGAGUAACCCUGUUGCUCCAGGAUUU